UUACUGCCUCUUGAAGUUGUGCUCUCAGUCAGAUGAACAGCUAACGGUGUUACUGCUUCGCAAUGCAGGCUUAUUGUCCGAAACCCUUUCUCCAGAUGGCAGUCUUAUCAAUUCUGCUUAUGUUUGGAGUUUCGCUAGAUGCUCAAGAUAUUGAAUUACCCCAGCCAACCAUGACUGUGGACACGCCGUUGAAAGUAAUCCUGCCAGGAGAGGAAUUUUUGCUGAGUUGCCAUUUCCCUCUCACGCGCUGCAAUGUUGACUUCUACAAGAACUACACGCAAAGAAUCUCAUUUUGGAGUCAAGUGAGCCACAAUGUGUCCUUUAAGAAUGUGGAGAGCGUAAAAUCAAUAGGUCUCAAUUCCUACACCUGCAAAUAUCAAAAAUUCUUCGAUAACAACAAAACCUGGGCAUAUUCACCUCUCAGUCAGCCUCUGAAAUUAACUAUAACAGAUGUGAUUCCGAAACCCACAAUCUCUUUGGAGCCGGCCUCAGGUGUGGUGACAGUGGGGGCCCAAGUUCGCAUUAAUUGCACCGGUAGCUACCCAUGCCACACCGCCCACUUGUACAAAAAUAGUAGCAGAAUUGCUAUAUUUACCAAGAAUAUCUCUGGCUCAGAGCAGACAGUAAGCUUCACUAUUGAAGAACUUGAAACGCUGGAUAGUGGAGAAUACAGCUGUGGCUUUGAGAAAACAUUAAAAGGCAUGAAAUACAUUUCACCCCGAAGUGACACUGUUCAUUUGAAUGUUACGUAUGACAUUUCAAAACCAAUGAUACACAUAGAGCCAUCGUCUGCUAUGGUCAAUGUGGGCGGACGAGUUCAUAUUACCUGCAACGCCAGCUCUCCGAGCCUCAGCUGCCUUCUAUACAGGAAACAUGUCAACGAGCCUAUUGAUACGCAGAACGCCUCAGGCUCCAACUGGUCAGUUACCUUCGCCAUUUCGGACCUUGUACCCAAUGAUACUGGAGAGCUCAGCUGCAGUUUUAUGAAAAUGGCAGGUGGAGAAAUGUAUGAAACGUUACGCAGUGACUUUGUGAAGAUCAGUGUAACUGACGAGCUCCCAAGGCCAAUGGUAUCAGUCGUGCCAGCUUCUGGCGUUGUCACUGUGGGCGAGUGUGUUCAGAUCAAGUGUAGCAGCAGCUAUCCCUGCCACACUUCCCUUUUGUACAAGAAGCAUGAAAAGAAACCCGUUGAUGCACGGAAUCUGUCAGAUUCUGAACUGUCAGCCACCUACAAUUUGACAGACCUUGAGCUAAUGGAUACAGGGGAAUACAGUUGCAAGUUUGUAGCAACUGUGAAGGGAGAAGAUUAUGAAUCAUCCCUCAGUGACUUUAUGAAGAUCAAUAUAACUGAUGAUUUGCCCAAGGCAAUCAUUUCUGUGGACCCACCAUCCGGGGUGGUCAGUAGAGGGAAAAUGUUUCGUUUGACCUGCUCGGGGUCCAUUCUGGAGGCUGGUGGUUGGUUUAAUUUCUACCAGGAUGGCAAGAGUAAAUGGUCACGACCUGUGCAAGGUUUCACUCAAUCAACGUCUUUCUCCAUUGGUGGCAAUACAAGGGUCGGGACUUGGAAGUACAGCUGCAAAUAUGCGAGAAAAGUAAAAGGAAGCAAGUAUCAUUCACCAGCCAGUGAAUCGUUGCAGGUAACGGUGAGAGAUGACAAUGGAGCAUCCAAUGUGUGUUUAAGUUCUUCGUAUCUGCUUGGCUUCCUACUGCUUGGAAUUUUAGUUAUCCUGCUAACAGAAUAAACCCAUUCCAGACUUACACCAUUAACACAGAUAUUGCCUAGGAGCUCUUUUUCUUUAACAGAAUAAGGUCAGUUAUGAAUCUGUAGCAAAGUUCACCUAAUUGAGCAAAUGAACAGCAUUCUCUCAGUAAUCAAAUGCCAACUGCGUUCAAUCCUGCUGCUAAAGAUUCAUUCACGCAUCAAAUAUUUUCAUUAAAGGAGCACAUAAUCUGGAUAAAUGAUGAACAAGGGAGCUCUCCACUAAGAGGCUAUUUCCGCACAUUAGUUUUCAAAGGCUUUGCCAUCGCCUCAUGUCCUGCAAUAAACAUCCUGGACUUUACUGUUGAAUGGGCAAUGAACUGAACUGGCUAUAUAAAUGCAAGGGCUGUAAGAGAAGGUCAGAGGCUAGGAAAACUCAUUGAGUAGCUCACCCCCCCCGAAAACCCCUCAGCCUCUCUCUUUUCCACAAAAGGCAAGACACGAGUCUGAUCAACAAUUCCCAACUGGCCAGAAUAGGUACGGCUCCUUAACCCUGACUUCACAGCACUGAGUACCAGCAGCGUGCACCCAUGUUUAAGGUCCACUGCAAAUCCACGGGUACUUCCAGUUGAAUGGACGAGGAUAAAGGCACAUUGGAGCAGAAAACAAGCCUGCAAGCUCCCUACCAAUACUGCACCAUUCGGACUUGCAAUCAUCUCGCCAUCCCUGCGCUUCCACUGAGCCAAAUUCCAGGAAAUCCUUUCCUUGUGCCAUUGUGGGGUCACCGUGACGUUACGUUUGCCCCCUCACAAACAGUGAAUGCAGACAUAUUGAUUGAAUUAAUAGGUACCAUCUUUCCGUUCCCAUCCAGCAAAUUUGUCAGUUUCAUAGUAGAAUCAUGUUAUGUGAAUGACACAAGCUAAAAUUGAAUGACUCGCCAAAUGACUGUUCGGGGGUUGUGGUGGAGUUACGAAAUAGAGUUCACAUGUCGACUCCCACGCUAAAAUAAUAAAAAAAAAGAUAAAUGCCCAUUAACAGAACUGUGCAGUUCCUUGCCAUUCUCGCAGACAAGACGCCAAAACACCGUUUGCACGACCUGCAAUCACCAUGAACCAGACAUUCAAACUGGGCUCAUUUCCUCUCCCGACAGCAUGACCUGGAAUCUCAAUAUAAUGGCAGCAAAUGAAAAUGCAUUCCUGGAAGAGGCUCUGAAACAGAGCAGAAACAUUUUAGUGGCGAUUUUUGUUGGCGUUUCAUUAUUGCAGGAUAUGCUGUUAUUUGUAAAAGGCCCAUAAAAUAGAUCUGAAACUCGCACCAUUUCAUUGACAUCACAAAGUUGAAUAGGAAGUGGCCAACGGGUGGACUGUAUGAGCAGAAAAGCUGCGCCCUGGGGAACAUUUGCUCUACUUGUCAGGAGCUGCAUGCUCGACGAAAGUCAUAUUGAGUUUUGGCAUGGUAUCACUUGCUAAGCAGGCAAUAAUUUACUUUCCAUUUUGACAAUUUAGUUUACUGAUGUUUUAUGUUAUAUUGGAAGAAAUGAUCGCUGCACUGUGGAUAAUGCAUGAAUAGAUAUCUGUUUCGAGAAAUAUACACUCAUUUCUUUUUCUUAAUAACGAUUAUAUAUUUGUGCAGACUCGAUGCCCUAAACGAAUUUUAAUUUUUCCUGUGCUGCAGGCGACUACCUCUUUUCAUCGUGUGUUUUCUUUUCAAUUUGUUGGACUUUCCACCAUCCAAAACUUUCAUUUCCUAUGCAAAUUCCUUGAUAGUCCUUCGACACCCUCUAUAUUUUGAGACGCAAAUAGAAUUUUCUGGUAAUGUUCAACAGUUCUGGCAGUAUCUAUGGAGAGAAUCAGAGUUAAAGUUUCGUAUUGAGUGACCAUUCGUUUAUUGUUUUUUAACACCUGUCUUUAAAAGAAAUGCAGCCUUUCAACUGAAAUAUAACAGCUUUACAGUCGAUAUAGAAUGAAUCUUUAUUUGUGCAUAUGUUGUUGAAGAUAAAAGCGAUGAAAUUGUA